UGAGUGUGAUGUCUCAUUGGCAACACUAGAUGUACUACUCUCUAGUCUCUACUACUCUCCAACACAAAAUUAAACAUUAUGUGUAUUAUCUAUGCUCUCCAACGAUUUGUCCACUGAAGUAUUGUCCGAUUUGGCGUGUGCAGUGUAUCAUUAACAUUUGUCAUCAUUCUUCGUUGUCUAAGAUGAAGUUGGACUUUUCAACAAUGAUUCAUCAGAGAAUAAGCUGGGUGCAAAUCCUUUGCGCUACGUUAUUUCUCAACCCAAUAUUUGCAGAAUGGAAUACAAGGGACUACAUAAGAAGAGAGCAUUCACUGACAAAACCCUAUCAAGGUAGUGGAAUGUCCUUGCCAUAUUGGGAUUUUUUAGGUAGUACAAUUGUAACCUCGAAUUAUGUGCGUCUAACACCCGAUUUGCAAUCAAAAGCUGGUGCUCUAUGGAAUACUGUUCCCUGUAACACUAGAAAUUGGGAACUGCAGGUGCAAUUCAAAGUGCAUGGUCGAGGAAAAGAGCUAUUUGGUGAUGGAUUUGCAAUAUGGUAUGUCAAAGAGAGAAUGGAAAGUGGCCCUGUAUUUGGCAGUAAGGACUACUUCAAUGGCUUAGCAAUCAUACUCGACACAUACAGCAACCACAAUGGUGCUCAUAAUCACCAGCAUCCAUACAUAUCAGCAAUGGUAAAUAAUGGAACACUCCACUACGACCACGAUCGUGAUGGAACCCACACUCAGCUCUCUGGCUGCGAAGCAAAGUUUCGAAAUUUCAACCAUGAUUCACAUAUUUCUAUAGUGUAUAGGGAUGAUACACUUAUUGUAUCAACUGAUUUGGAAGGCAAGAAUGCCUGGAAGGAAUGUUUGAAAGUGGAGAAUGUCCUGUUGCCUACUGGUUACUACUUUGGUGCCUCUGCCACUACUGGAGACUUAAGUGAUAAUCAUGACAUUAUCUCUAUAAAAAUGUUUGAACUUGAUCUACUUGAAUCUCAAAAAAAAGACGAAGAUAGAUCUCACAUUAUCCCUUCAGCAGCCUCAUUCGAAGCACCACGCGAACGCAUCGAAGACGCCAAGCCAGCCAUGUCAGGCAUCAAAACAUUCCUCUGGAUGAUGUUUGUUGCCAUUGUAAUCAUUGUGCUAGUCGUUCUCGGUAUCAUGUGGUACCAAAAACGCCAAGAGCAGUCCAGAAAAAGACUUUAUUGAUGAUAGUGCUGUUCGAUUAUAGUGUGACAGUAUGGAAUUUAAUGAAUCGUGUUUAGUGUUAACUAAAGCCUUCGUCAAACAGAACGCGUAAUUAGCGCGCGUCAGAGCGCUAAACUGACGCCGCGCUAUGACGCCGCGAUGUGUCGUAAUACUAUAGUAACAUACCGUCAAACAGAGCGCCAGCGCUAUGCGCGCUACAUAUGUGUGACGGUAUGUUACCACAGUAGUACAUCACAUCUCGGCGUCAUAGCGUAGCGCUCUGACGCGCGCUAAUUACGCGUUCUGUUUGACGAAGGCUUAAUAGUGUAUCAGGCAGUGAUGAUGACAAAUUGAAAUGUCCAAAGUGAAAUUUUUUAAGGUAUUUAUAUUUUUAUACGAAACAAGGAUCUUUAUAUUUCCAGGAUAUAAAAUAGUUUUUUAAACUAAAUCUUGAAAUUUCUUGACUUCUUCAAUCUAAUUACUGUAAUUAUUAGUAAGACGUAACUGAAAAAUACACGUUAUUACUAAAACUUUGUUUUGUAACUUGUAACUUUGUUUUACUAUUUAAAUGUUUCGUGAUUAUAGUAGAAUGAAAGUCAACUCUGUUAAAAAUCUAUAGACUGCGAUAAUAUUAUGUUUGUGUUUUUAAAUUGCAUUGUUAUAUGGGUCCUAGAUAAAUCAAUGCAAGUACAAAAUUUAAAGGAGAAUGGUUUGGUGAUUCUAAAGCAUAUAACUUUUAUGUGAAUCAAUAAUAAUGUCUGUAAUUUCGAAAUAUUGCCAACAAUUUUUUUAAGAAAGGGGCUGUGUUAUUAUCUAUAUGUGGACUAAAUCUGGUCAUAAUUUGGACAGCACUAUACUUGGAUUUAUGUGUCUGCAACUGAUUUUCUUAUUAUAAUUUCACUUCCAUUGGUAUACCAAGUUGCAAAACUGGAAUCUAGAUGUGAUCCUUCGAAAUACUAUGUAUGAUAUUAACGUUCUAACGAAAAUAAAUGUCUACAUUAAAAAAAAAGGGAUUUUUUAUCAUGCAUAUUGUUUCCUGGAAAUAGUACAACAUGCCCAAUGUAGUAUCGAUCAUAUACACAAAUUGCGUAAAAAAGACAGAAAAAACAAAAGUUGUAAUGUAAUUGAUAGUUACAUAAUAUAAAAAUAGUUUUUAUAACUAUCAGAUUAGGUCUGAGCAUGUGAAAGGCCUUUCGGUUACUUGCAACAGUAACUAAACAAACUGAAAGAAAGAAUAUUACAAAGAAUGCAUUACGUAUUUAAAUAUUUACUGGUGGUAGGACCUCUUGUGAGUCCGCGCGGGUAGGUACCACCGCCCUGCCUAUUUCUGCCGUGAGCAGUAAUGCGUUUCGGUUUGAAAGGUGGGGCAGCCGUUGUAACUAUCCUGAGACCUUGGAACUUAUAUCUCAAGGUGGGUGGCGCAUUUACGCUGUAGAUGUCUAUGGGCUCCAGUAACCACUUAACACGAGGUGGGCUGCGAGCUCGUCCACCCAUCUAAGCAAUAAAAUUUACGAUCGCCAAUUGAAUGCUUCAUAUUUGGACUUCUACAUAUAUAUAUAUAUAUAUAUAUAUUAUAUCUACAUUUGUUUCGAAACACUUAUUGUACAGAGCAUUUGAGUCGACUAUUAUCAAAGGCGGCAAUCUGACUUUUGGACAAUGAUUGGUAAAUCAGAAAAACGAAUUAUUGACUUUGUAUUCCAUCGGCAGUCACAAAACUCUUCGGAACGACAUCUUAGAUAAAUAACAGGUUAACUAUUAACCUUUAUUUAAUGCAGGUUUUGAACCGUAUUCUUUGAAGGAGACGAUUAUAUUCAAAUAAAUCUGUAUUGACAUAUCAAUAAAAUUUUGUUGUCCAAAUGCACAGAUUGCCGCCUUUGAUAAUAGACGACUCAUUUGUAGCCUUCAGAUUUUAAUACUUUUUCCAAGACAAAUAGUAGGUACAUAUAUUUAUAACGAUACACGUUAGCUUACCAAAUUACAUAAUGUCACAUGUAAACUAUAGUUUCACAUCCCUAUCCCGACUUUUUUGUUAAAGUUCAUUAAGACAUUCCUUGACUGAACAUCACUAAAAGAGUUUUAUUUGAUACAGUAAGGUUUAUUUUGUUCCUAUUAAAAAUAAAAUAUAUUUAUGAUAGGUAAUGUAAUUUAUAAUUACUAGUUCGCGUGCUGCUGCAUCGCAGAUAAGUGAACUUUAUAUUUUAAUGUUUUUUUAAGUGUUUAACUCAAGCCAUCUCCGCUAUAAUAUAAAUGUUAAAUUACAAAUCCUUUUUGUUGUAUGUACCUAUGCUUUGAUAUUUAAUAAAGAAAUUGUUAGACUA